UAUCUAUGCAUUUUAUAUACGCAGACGAUAUAAAUACGAUGAUGUUAUUACGCUCUGCAAGUAUUUGGACAAGAGAAAUUACACGAGCAAGAUGAUGCGCGGGUUCUACAUUAUCACUUUCGCAUUUGUUCCCGCUAUCUUAGCUAGCAUUCCAAAUGUGGAUAGAAAACUAGGAUCCACCCAGCAAGACUACAGCACUUGCCUAACUGAAACUGAUACCACUGAUAAUGACAUGUACACAAUAGGAGAUAUAAUACAUGAUAGGUAUAAAUCAACUGAAGAUCAAGAAAAAAUAAGAAAAAAUGGUUGCUUAAUCCAUUGCAUAAUGCAAAAAGAGAAUAUGAUAGAAGAAUCGGAAUUUAAAAUAGAGAAUAUACAUACUAAGUUUGCUGGAAAGACAAAUGCCCAGCCAGGAGACAACUAUUUCAAAGCUCUUGAUGAUUGUAUAGAAAAAGUAAAAGAUAAUGAAGAUAAAUGCGAGAAGAGUUUUGGUCUAGUGACAUGUUAUUUAAAAGCUGCCCAAAAGCUUGUUUCUGAAAGAGGACAGCAUUCUUGUGAAAAUCAUGAAGAACAUGAACACAAUCAUGAACAUGAACACGAACAUGAACAUGAACAUGAAUAAACAAUAAAUACAAUUAAUAAUAUACUUAUGCCAUGUAUGUACAUUAUAAUUUAAUAAAGUAAUACCAAUUAUAUUUUAAAA